CCACUGUUGCUAGCUUGACACAGUUGGAGGAGUGUAUGGAGGCGAAACAUCCCGGAGAAGUCCACCGACCUCAGUCAAACAUUUUGUUGUAGAGUUAGUUACACAGUGUUACCAUGUCUGAAUGUUCGUCUUCUUGUUGACUGAGGAGAGGCGGUGUGUUUCCGUGAUGGCGGCUGCCGCGGUCCAGGCGUUUCCAUGAUGGCUUAACUGAAAAACUUGAGGAGCAAACUUUGAGCAAGGAGCUGGAGUUGGAGUCUCUUCCCAGAGUUUCCCUGUUAGCACGUCAGAAAGUAACACCGCAAUGGCAUCCACCAUGUCUGUUUCAGUAUGGGCUUUUGUCUUUAGUUUAUGCUUUGGCGUGUCCAAGUGUUACUUUGCUAUACCACUGAGAAUAUACACAGGGAGUUACAACGUCUCCUCGGCUGUGGAUGUGUCGCGGCGGGUCGUGUUAACGUCUGAUGGAAACGGCCUCUCUUUGGCUUCUGAUCCAACUGGCACCGUCAACUUUCUGGACAUGGUGAAUAACUUACAGGGGGACUCUGGGAGAGGCUACUACAUAGAAAUGUCACUUGGUACUCCUGGUCAAAAGGUGAACAUCCUGGUGGAUACAGGCAGCAGUAACUUUGCUGUGGCAGCAGCUCCACACCCAUUCAUUACUCAUUACUUCAACACUGCACUCUCCAGCACCUACCGGACAGCUGGCCGGACUGUGGCUGUGAGAUACACCCAGGGCAACUGGGAGGGUGAACUGGGCAUCGACUCUGUCUCCAUCCCCAAAGGCCCAAAUGGGACCAUUGCCAUCAACAUAGCUGCCAUCCUGUUAUCCGAAGGCUUCUUCCUUCCUGGGGUCAACUGGCAGGGCAUCCUGGGACUGGCCUAUCCCAUGCUGGCACGGCCUGACUCGUCUGUGGAGCCCUUCUUCAACUCUAUGGUGCAACAGCUGGGAAUUCCUGACAUCUUUUCCCUCCAGAUGUGUGGCGCUGGACUGUCAGCCACCAGCGCAGCCGACCCGGCAGGAGGCAGUCUUGUACUGGGAGGGGUUGAACCAACCCUGUAUCGGGGGUCAGUGUGGUACACCCCUAUAGUGGAGGAGUGGUACUACCAAGUGGAGGUUUUGAAGCUGGAGGUUGGCGACCAGAAUCUGGACCUGGACUGCAGAGAGUAUAACAUGGAUAAAGCUAUAGUUGACAGCGGGACGACACUGCUGCGUCUUCCUGUCAACGUCUUCAAUGCGGUGGUAGAAGCCAUCACACGCAGUUCUCUGAUCCAGGACUUUUCUUCAGGGUUCUGGGAUGGCAGCAAGCUUGCGUGCUGGAUGAAGGGAGAAACACCCUGGAGGUUUUUCCCCAAGCUUUCCAUCUACCUAAGGGCCACGAACACCAGCCAGUCCUUCCGCAUCACCAUCCUGCCUCAGCUAUACAUCCAGCCAAUCACAGACAUAGACGGCACGAUGGACUGCUUCCGUUUUGGAUUGUCUGCGUCAUCUAAUGGCCUGGUGAUCGGCGCUACUGUUAUGGAAGGCUUCUACGUGGUGUUUGACCGCGCUCAACGAAGACUGGGCUUUGCACUCAGCAACUGUGCAGUGAGCAGUGGAGUUGCUCUUUCCGAGAUCGCAGGGCCCUUCUCAGCAACAGACGUGGCGGCCAACUGCUCCGGCGGGGCGAUGAAGGAGCCUCUGUUGUGGGUGAUCUCCUACGCUCUGAUAGCAGUCUGCGCAGUCGUCCUCAUCAUCCUGUUGCUCCUGCUGGUCCUGCCCUGCCGGCGCAGAAACUUCUCCGGGGAGAUAACCGACGAGUCCUCUCUGGUACGCCACCGCAUCAAGUGACUGAGAGGAAACAGACGGGUGGACGGGGUGAACAGGCAGGGGAUCGGCGAACAGAGUCCAUCUAUGGCGGUGGAGAAAGGGGUGAGGUUUGACCUGCACCGAGCAGCGACCCUCACCUCUGAAUGUCUGACUGAAUCUGGACUGCACUCAUCAGCUUGGCCCGUUGAAGUAGACACUGACAUGUCAACGGCCUCAUGAUGGAAAAUCCACCCCGAAACCUUAAAAACAGCUAUAGGUGAUGUAUUUAUGCUUCCAAUUUCUUGUCUGGUGGUGGCCCUUUCUUAUUCUCACUGAUAAUUGCUCACACCAUGUCAUGGGUGACACAGAGGAAGACAUCCAGCACAGAAGAAGAACACUCACUGACUGAAACUUUAAAAGUUUGCAACGUCACUCAGCUUUAGGGCAGUUUGACGACUUUUUCUGAACUGGAACGACUCGUAUGCUGUCAGUACUGCUCUCCCCGCCUACACUGACUCAGCUCGAGUGCAGUUUGUCAGAGCACUCCAAACAGGCUUAUUCUCUUUAGGGCUGUCAAAGGGUAUUCUGGGAAAUGUAGGACAUCACUAACACAAACAAAAGGGUGAACUGAAAUAUGAAACACUUAAUCGCAAAAUAAACUCCUGUUGCACACUUAACAUUUUACCAGCGAUGACACAGAACAAUAUAAUAGUAGCUAAGGGUGGAAUUUCUUCCAUACGGACAAUCCCAUGGCAGCAACAACCAUUGGUGCACUCUUGAACAAUUUAAAAGUGACUGAUUUUACUUUCAGGCACACUGUGUGUUAUUCAUCUCUACAAUUUCAUACAACCUAAAAUGUGCCUUCACAUUUUGUUUAUACAGUCUGCAAUAGGUGAAGCAGUGUGUCUCGUGCCUUUCUAUGUUUUGAAGUUAACCUCCGGUCUUUUAUUGAAUGAAACAAAUGCCUGUGCAUGUUGAAAAGCUGCUCUGUUAAUAGGAAGAAUAUUACUAGAGGUGACACACAUGUUUACAGUGCCCAUAGUGCCUUUAAGUCUCAGCUCACUGCUAAUACAGACUGAUGUACAGUAUCGGAAGUUUGAGACUUACUCUGCUGAAUUGCACUUUGUUUCUGAAGUCAGUCAAAAGUGUAAUAUAAAACUAAAGAUCAAUGUUUCUCGCUCUGGUAUGCAAUUUGUUGUAUUAAUGUAAUUUUACUAGUUCUGCAUACAUCUAUGUGUAUAUUUAAAUUUAAUUAAAUGUGAUUGUAUUAUUA